UGUGUAUUUAGGAGCUAUAGCCUUCACGCAGAACUGACCCUGCUCAACGUUGCCAAGAGACUGUCUUACGCUACAUAGCAACGGCGCGGCGCUAGCGUAAAGCAGGUUGAAACUGUAGUAAAUAAGCAAACUGAAAGAAGUGUACUCGCGCUGUAGAGGGAAGCGUUAGGAGAUGAGAAGUAGGUCUUUGGUCCGUUUUUGAACAUUAAUACUACCAAAAACCCAGGGGGAAACGGGCGAAUUUACAAUUUACGGAUUAAAGGACCUGGAGUAGUAGGCGAGUAAUAUAAGCGCGCGGGACGGGCACAAAAAAGCGGAGAGGCGGACAGGCCCGGCGCUCUGGUCAGCGGAGCGCGGUCGCGCCGGCGGGUAGAGAUGUCUCGCAGACGGAGUCGCAGCGGGAGCCCCUCCCACCACACCACCAACAGCAAUGACCCGCGGGACCUGGAGAGGAGAAUUUUUGUGGGGAAUUUGCCCACCACCCUCAUGGACAGGAAGGACCUGGAAGACCUGUUCAGGCCCUACGGAAAGAUCAACGCCCUGUCCAUGUUCCGCGGGUACGGAUUUGUGCAGUUUGAGCGGGCCGAGGAGGCAGAGGCGGCAAAGGCUGGACAAACCGGUCGCAUUUAUAGAGGUUAUAAACUAGAUAUUAAUAUGGCGGCGGAGCGGCGGCAGAAUAAAGCUCAUUCCCGACAGAGCCCCCCUCGCAGGGGCGAGAGCCACCCGCCUCCGGUGACCCAGCCCGCCGGGCCCGUCCUGCGCGGCGACCCGGUUCGCUCGGACGCGGUGCUUCUCGCAGCCUCCUGUCGCUGGCGCUCACGGGACGAUCCCAGCAGUGGACGGCCCCACUUCGACCGCUACCGCAGCUCGGAGGGGCGGGACAAGGACCCCCGGGGCGACCCCCGCGACCCGCACUACAGUGAAGCGUUUCUAAAGUCGUUCUCUGGAAAUCGAUUGCUUGGCAGAGAUGAAGAGUACGAGCGGUACUACCGCGACGACGACUAUUACCGCAGGAAAGAGGACCCCUACCCAGAUCGCUGCAGGGACUCCUGGAAUGGCAGGAGGGACUCCGAAGAUGACCGCCCCCGGGCGGAGGAGCGCCGGCGCAACGAGCUCUAUCGGCAGUAUUACGAGGAGCUGCAGCGGCGCUACGACUCGGAGCGGCCCGUCGACUGCUCGGUCAUCGUGGUGAACAAGCAGCAGAAGGAGUAUGCGGAGACAGUGGGGCGCAAGGUGCGGGACCUGGGCAUGGUGGUGGACCUGAUCUUCCUGAACACGGAGGUGUCGCUGACGCAGGCGCUGGAGGACGUGGGGCGCGCGCGCACCCCCUUCGCCAUCAUCAUCACCCAGCAGCACCAGGUGCACCGCUCCUGCACCGUCAACAUCCUCUUCGGCACUCCCCAGGAGCACCGCAACAUGCCCAUGCAGGACGCCAUGGUGCUGGUGGCGCACAACUACGACCUGUUCAAGGCCGAGCACCGGGACAAGGAGCGCGAGGACAUCGCCCGGAAGGCCGCCAAGAUGGCGGACGACGUGCUGAUGAGGGAGCACGAGCGCGACGGCCACCCCAUCUCCCUGCAGCCCAUCGUCACGCUGCUGUCCGAGGGCCGGUUCCUGACCCUGGAGGAGCUGGACCGGCUCAUCGACUACUUGAGAGACAAGAGAGAGCGGCUGCUGCGCAGCACCAGCGACCCUCACGCAGGCUCUCGGCCCUCUGCUGCGCCCUCCGCCUUGGAGCCCCCGCCUCCCUCCCAGAGCCUGGCCGGCGCCUCGCACGCGGCUCACGGGGCUCACGGGGCUCACACGGCCCGCCCCGUGCACUCCUCCCUCUCCUCUCACCCCGCGCACACCCCUCACCUGCCCCCGCCCCCGGCCUCCAACCCCGCCAGCUCCUCCAGCCACCAGCAGGAGCUGCAGGCUAAAAUCCUCAGCCUGUUCAACAGCGGCUCCGGGGCCCCCCCGGCCAGCACGGGGGGGUCCGCUCCCUCCCAGGGCUACUCCUCCUCGAUGGGCGGCCAGUCCGCCGGUCAGCCGCCGGCGUCCAUCCCUCCUCCGUCUCUCUCCAAGAUGCCUCCGCCCUCCUCUCAGGACCCCAGCGUGAUGGCCCCCAGGCCGGCCCUGCGCCCCCCCGUCGUGCCGCCCGGCGUGGCCCCCCCUUACGGACUGCCCCAGGGGCGCGUGUCUGCGCCGGUGGGACCCCAGCGGCCGGCUGCGGGGAGCACUGGGAUCAAUUUCGACAACCCCAGUGUGCAGAAGGCCCUGGACACCCUAAUUCAGAGCGGACCCUCCAUAAACCACCUCGUCAACCCAGGCAACGCUGCAGUGCUCAGGCCGGGCCAGGGAAUGGGCCAGGGAAUGGGCCAGGGAAUGGGCCAGGGAAUGGGGCAGGGAAUGGGGCAGGGAAUGGGGCAGGGAAUGGGUCAGGGAAUGGGCCAGGCACCCCCAAUGUCCCAUUACCCACGCCACUACUGAGCACCCACGCCAGGAGUGGGCAGUGCAGUGAGGGGGUGGGGGGUGUCGGUUGAGACAGAAGGCUAAGGCAGUGCUCCUGCCAGGACGGUUGACUAAUGAAUUUUUUGUUAAGGUGAAAUUUUAAUUUUCAUGUUUUUUGUUUUUUUGUAUGUUCUCUUUAAUGACAUGAGUACAUGGAGCUUCCUCAGAGAUUUCUAAGUUUAAGUUGAAGAGCGGUUUUUCCUGUUUUGUCAGUUUCUUGUAAAUAUUUUUUUAAUCCUGGCAUGUAAGCAUGUACAGUGCAUCUUUCUGUCAUCUGCUUAGGAAGACUUUUUUUUUUAAAAGAACAGGCUCUUUUCUGUUGUAACUUAAGGAUUUGUUUUCUCCCUUAGUAGCGCAAGUGGCUGAAACUUCCACGAAAGAUCUGUUUAACAAGCACGAUUAACAAAACCUGCUUUUGUUCUACCAGAACCCUGGGAAGUAUUUAACAGCUGGUGGCACUGGAUCCUCAAGAUUUGGUUUGUACAAGCAGAUAGUUUCACAAUUACUGUAAAAGUGAAUUUUUUACAACUCUUUAUUGUGAAAUGUAGCCAAGCAGAAGUGUCAUUUAAUAAAAUCAUGUAACAGUGCUGGAUUACAGAUUAAUUGUAAAAGGUCAGCCUUGCAGAAGAAAUACGCUGUGUUACUUUUCAUUGAAGAAUAAAACAAGCAAUAGGUGUAAUAAAAUGAUUUUAGUUUA